GCUAUCGCUGCGAUAACCUAGACAGUUUUAACUUUGUUGUUCUCCUGCAACCCCUUGAAAAGCAGCUGCUUGCCGCGCUUCGCGACUACCAACUCUAUGUUGCCCUGUUAAACGAAUGGUCCCCCGCCUCGUUGAGUUUCGCCCUUGCGCUCCUCGGCCGUGGCCCUGAGAGAUCGAUCGGGACAAGCGAACCCCGCCUGAGCGCAGCAUGACGCUGCCCAUAGGCCUGAGCAAGCCCCGUCUGCGUCUCGUCAGCACCUGUGCAGUUGUAGGUGCCAGUUCACUCGCAGUGUGUGCGUGGAGCCGCUGCAGCAAAGCGUCGCAGCAGAAUGCCGACCGAAAAAUCCAGCUCCCUGCGCCCGCGGUCGACGCGUUGGCUGGAGCUCUGGGAGAGGUGGCGCAGAUCCUAGUCCUCUACCCACUAGACACUGUCAAGGUCCGCUGCCAGGCCUCGGGCGAGACCGCGGCGGUGGUCAUCCGGCGCCUGCUCAAGCGCGGCUUCAACAUGGCGCUGCUGAAGAAGCUGUACGCGGGCGCGGUGGGCGCCGCCGCCUGCGCCAUCUUGGUGGGCGCCGUGCACUUCGCCAGCUAUGAGGGGUCGCGUAAGGCCAUUCUGAAGUGGUCCACUGCCGGUAACGGUGGAGCCAGCAGCAAAGGCAGCGGCGGAGGUGGAGGUGGAGGUGGGGGCAGCGGGCGCGCCGGCGGCGCUUCAGCGGAGGCCAGCGCCGCCGGACUGGGUGCGGGGGCCACAGCCGCCGCUGCUGGGGGCGCCGCAGAUGCAGCGGAUGCAGCGGCCGCUGCGGCUGCUGCUGCUGCUGCGGAGGCGCGGGCGGAGCAGGACGACAGGUUUAGGCGCGCGGCGGCCACGUUCGGGGCGGCGGCGUUUGCGGCUCUGGCCACGGCUCUGGUGGAGUCGCCUGUGGAGCUGUUCCGGCACAACGCGCAGGCGGGGCUGGUGCAGAGCAACUUUAUGGCGGAGAUGGCGGCCACGGUCCGGCGCGAGGGCCCCGGCGGCUUGUACUGGGGCUUCCUGCCGCACUGCUUCGAGGCCUGGCCGCACGACAUCUCCGAGCUGGCCACCUACGGCUUCAUGCGCGACUUCGAGGCCACGGCGAUGCGGCCCGGCUCGCCGCACCACGCCUGGAUGCGCGGCGUGGGGCCGCAGGUGUGGGACCUGGCCACGGGCGCGGCCUCCGGCGCCGCCGCCGUGCUGUUCUCCAUGCCCUUCGACACCGUCAAGACCUACCUGCAGACGCACGGCGCCGACCUGUCCGGCCGCGGCUUCCUGGGCAGCGCCGCGCUGUUCGUCAAGACCGGCCGCCGCAUCGCCGCGCGCAAGGGGCUGUCGGGGCUGUACGUGGGCGUCACGCCGCGGCUAUUCCAGCAGGUGCCGUCGGCCAUGGUAUGCUGGUGGUCCAUCGCGGCCUUCAAGCGCUGGAUGGAGCCCUACACGCUGCCCGACGAGGCGGACGCCCCCCACCACACCGGGCACCACAAGGCGCACUAGCGCGGCCGCAGGCGCGGCGAAGGCACUGCGUUGGCGGCAGGAGGCUGGAACCGCAGCGGCAGACAGUGCCUGCCCGCGGCGCCGGAUGGCCGGGCGGCUCGCAGCGUCGUGGCGCUGCGACUGUUGGAGCCGCACGCCGCGCUGACACACGCACAUGGGCAACGUGUGCACGUGCACAUGGACUUGAGCUGGGCUGGGGCUUGGGCUGGAGCUGGCUCUGCUGAGCCGCUCCUGCUGACGCAACCGUUGUCGGUCGGCAGUCGGCACUUGGCGCAGGCUGUUUGUAUAGCCUCUGCGGAGCCGCACUGUGGCGGCCGCGGCUUGCCGGGUCGUGUUGCAGCAAACCUGCUUAGUGCCCGAGUGCAUGCAUGCGAGAGUAUUGACCAGUUACCGAGAGACCCUUGGCUGGGGACCGCGGCGAGUGACCACGGUGGGUUAUUGGCCAUCAGACGAGUUUCGAACCCUCCAGAAGGAUAGUGUUGGUCUGAGAUAGGGGUUGGGCGCAGCUCUCGCAAGCCGAGGCCAUAUACGGCGUGCAUUGUCUUGCCAACGAGCCUAGAAGCCGCCAGGAUGUGCGCGCGUGCUUACAAAUUGUGCCGUGUGAGUUUUAAAGGUUCGAGUGUGAGUGCAGGUGAAAAGUAUUGGAGAUCUCGGAGAUGGGUAGGGAUUGUAGGCAGCGUACAUUGCAGCAGCCGUGCCUGCCCGGCGAGUGCCGGGCUCAGCUCCAAUUUUCCGAGCUGCUGCCUCCUGUGUGUCGUGAACUAUACUUGUGCCAGGCCUGUGCCGCGCUCAACUUUCAAUGCAUACCGGCAUAUCUCAAAUCUUGCGGCGAAGCCAUGUCCUGCGGGAGCAAGGGGCGGCUCCUGCGUUUUGUUGUUUCUGUGCAUGUGCUUGUGUCCGUUCCGCGAUGCCAGUGUAUUGCUGUUGCGUCAGGCGUGUGUGCGUGCUGGGUACGUCUGAGGACUGGGGCCGCUGGAAUGGCAGCGCAGUCCAAUGAGUGUGCGGCACGCCAACAUACCGUUGUGCCAGGAAGGGAUGUGUGAGCUAUUUCAUUGUGUGCGGCCAUUCCAGCUGGCGUCGGCCAAAUGGACGCUGGUCUGUAGGGUCCGCUGGCCCGUGCUGUCUGCUGGGAGCACCACGCCAGCUUAGGCGUGAAGUAGUGGAGGGUAACUGGCGUGAAGCAUUGGGGGUUGGGCGCAGAGCAGAAGAGUCACAGGUCCGACAUGCCAACAAGCAAUUGGCGUCCUGCAACUGCUGCAGCCUAAGAAGAGGCCCUCAAGGCGCGCUGUAACAUGCCAGCCGU